GGAAAAAAAAAUACACCCCUUAACGAAACGGGAAACCGAGGAACAAGGGGUGGGGUGGGGGGAGGGAAAGUGAGGAACGAAGGGGGAACAUUCAUGGAGGACGCGACGAAAGUUCGCCUGAAAGUUCCUCAUCAUGAUGUUUCCGACGACGGCACGUGGGUCCUGGAUUUCCGUACGGCCUUCCAAGGAAGUGUGUUUGAGGAGUUCCACGUGUCACCCGUCCAGCUGGCUGUUCUUGACACGUCAGCGCUUAUUGAUGACGUGGCACUGUUUUACAAAUUCGUCUCGAAGCCCGGUAGAGUCCGUCUUUUGUCCGAUAGCGUCGAUGCGUUUGCUGAGACGUUCGCUGCGUAUUGCGAAAGGAAGGGGCGGGCAGACCACAUUGUGCUCGGCACUAACGUUAGGAAAUUCGCCGUCGACUUCUUGCAGAAAGCCAGCAGCUCCAGCUGCAGCAGAAGCAGAAGCAGCAGCAAUGAAGUCGGCUGCAAUCGAUUUUGCAAUCCAGUUUGCUGCUAUGAUUCCUGUAGAAGAUGUAGGGAUGCUGAUGCUGCUGCUGCUGCUGCUGAUGAUGAUGAUGAUGAUGAGGAGGAGGAGGAGGAAGAGGGUACGAGCAGUCGUUGUCCUGUUGAUGUGUGGGGAGGAGGUAGUUGGGAUAAUGACGAUGAUAGGAGUGGUUGUCGUGGUAGGCACUACGGGAAAGGAGGAGGUAGGGAUGGUGAUUAUGAUAGCAGUGGUUGUCGUUAUAGGAGUUGUGAUGAUGGAAGUGAGGGUGGUUGUAGAGAUGAUGACGUUAAGAGCAGUCGUUGUUCUGUUGAUCUGUGCGGAGGAGUUGGUAUGGAUAACGACGAUGAUAGGAUUGGUUGUCGUGAUUGUCGUUACGGGAAAGGAGCUGAUAGGGGGGGCGAUGAUGCAAGGAGUGGGUGUUGUGAUAGCCGGGACUACUGCAAAGGAGGUAGGGGUGGUGAUGAUGGAAGGAGUGAUCGUGGUGGGUGUAGAGGAGACUCUGAGGCCUGUCUUCGUGAGACUCUGCUUGAUGAUUUGAUUAGAGUGGAUCAUCUCCCGGCGGUUUAUGCUGACGUGGCUUAUGCGCCGGCGAAGAUGGCCUUUGCGACGUCAUUCCUUCGCUUCGGCAUUGCGCACUGCUCUGCCGCUGAGCUGGCGCGGUGCUUUACCCGAUUAGGAAAGGACGCAGCGCGGGAGAGCGACGCGGCUAUCGCGACGCAGCUGUUCGAUUACUGUGAGAUGGAGUGCAAGGCGAGCAUCGAUCAUGAGACCUUUCACGAGAUCAUCGUCGAAGAGGGAUUGUUCGCUUCGCUAGUGGAUUUCGACCUCGUGGGGGCUGAUGGGAAGAAGUAUCCUCUCCGACUCUUCGUCUUCGAUGGGCAUUGGACGGAUGAUCUGCUCUGUAUGGGCUGGUUUGCACAGAUUCGAGAGCGGGAUACCGGCGUGCUCAUUGCCAAAGCCGGGGAGCCUGACGAAACCUGCGCCGCCGAGGCGACGAAAAUCCAAGUGCUUGCAGAGGAGAUCGUUAAGAGGAGGUACAAGCCGCACGUCGGGAUUCCGACUGCCGUUCGCAGAAUCUGGGCGGGCUGUUCUGAUCUGUCGGAUCGGUGUCGGGAUCAUGGAGAUCUGCUCCUCCACCCCGACCGCUGCGGCGGCGACGUGGAGGAGGAGGAGGAGGAGGAGGAGGAGGAAGAGGAAGAGGAAGAGGAAGAUGAUGGUGGAAUUGAUGAGGUUCUCGAAAAGAACUCUCGUGGAAAGUUCCACGAAGUCUCAGCUGAGGACGUCGAGUCUCUUCGAAGCGUCAAACCCCUUGGCCGAUCUCUUGGUUAUCCGGACAAUGCUGAUCGCUAUCGGGAUCGGGACACUGGUGAUCUCCUUCUCCUCAGCGGUCGCGAUGGCGAGGAGGAGGAGGAGGAGGAGGAGGAAAAUCGUGAUGGAAUGGAUGAAGGUUUUGACGGGAACUCUCUUGGAAACUCCCUAUCAGUCUUCGCUGAAGCUGACCUUGAGUCUCUUCGCAGUUUGGACCGAUCUUCCCUCCACCCGUCGCAUCUUGGCUGUCCCGACCCCCAUCAGAUCGUCGGCCUGCACAGCCCGCCGAGGUUCUUCAACCCUGGACAACUCGUCUAUGCCAGUUCGUCUGAGCUGGAGCGGCUAAUUCCCGUAGCGGCCUCGUUGACGUCACUCUAUUUUGCGAGAGAUCAUCGACUCUCCUUCGAUCUUCAGGUGAUCAGGUACAGGCUUCGGCUGUCGAGACUUGCCGAUGUCAAGCUGUACCGAUCCCGACACUUUGCGCGAUUGUUUAAGGGGUCCCGAUGGGAGCAAUUGCCAGAAGAAUUGAUCUGGCACAUCGUUGGCUUUCUGCCCCCACGCCAUAUAUGCCAGCCGCUACCUGCGUCGAAUUCGCUCAAGUUCUGAGAACUGGCUGGGGGAGUUCUCUCCCUGAGAGGGUAACGGCCUCGCUCCACGACUCACCGAAAUGUGCGAAAUGCGAAUGAAUCUUCUGCCAGAAA